GACCUUGGCGGAAGUGAUGCAGAGCACGUCCACCAUCAGCUAAUCCCACACUUUAAUGAUGCGAAACGUCUCUGGAUGUGGCCGAACUGACGCAGUGAUGCGAAGCUAGAACUCCGCUGGGGUUUUGUUUUGUUUUACUAAUUUUAUUUUAUUUUAUUUUUGGUCCGCUUUAUCCGGUUGUAUCGGGAGGCGACAUGGAUCCGUCCAGGAGGAGCGAAAGCGACUGGCAGGGUCUGCUUAAUGAGUUUCUGGUUUGUAAGCGAAAGCUGGAGAGUAAAAAAGAAGCUCUUCUGAUACUGUCUAAGGAGUUGGACACCUGUCAGCAGGAGAGGGAUCAGUACAAGCUGAUGGCCAACCAGCUCCGGGAGCGACACCAGGCGCUCAAGAAGAAGUACAGAGAGCUCAUCGACGGAGAUCUCACGCUGCCGCCCGACAAAAGGAACCAAGUGAACUUAGCUCAGCUGCUGAGAGACUCCAGAGAACGGAGCAGCCAGCUUUCCGAGGAGGCCAAGGAGCUCAAACAGCGACUGCUCGAAGCCCAGGGGGACAACAAGCUUCUGCGGAUGACCAUCACCAAGCAGAGGCUGGGGGACGAGGAGGUGGGAGCUCGCCAUUUUCCUGCACACGAGAGAGAAGAUCUGGUGAAACAGCUGGAGCAAGCGAGAGAACAGAACGAGGUGCUGAUGCACAGCGUGAAGUCGCUGACAGACGAGCUCCAGGAUGUCCGAGCGGAGCGGGACGUGUUUCAGCAGAAAGCUCACCGCCUCAACGUGGAAAUGAACCACAUCAUGGGGAACGAUGAGACUCGUUUCCUGGACAUAGACGGCCUCUGCAUGGAGAACAGGUACUUGCAUGAGCGGCUCAGCCAGCUUCAAGAAGAAGUCAGCCUGCUUAAAGCAAACCUGGUGAAGUACAAGAGUGCUCUGGAGAGCAGGAAGAACUCGAAAAUGAGCGGCAAACCCAACAGCAGCGCCCUGACUGGGGUUCUUUCUGCCAAACAAGUGAAGGAGCUGUUGCUGUCCGAGGAGAACGGCUGCAGCUUGCCGGUGACUCCCCAGUCCAUCUCGGACCUGAAGUCUCUGGCCACGGCUCUGCUGGAAACCAUCCACGAGAAGAACAUGGUCGUCCAGCACCAACGGCAAAUCAACAAGAUUCUUGGAAACCGAGUGGCAGAGCUGGAGAAGAAACUAAAAACUCUUGAGAUUUCUGGACUGUGGAGCCUUCCAGGCCUGACUUAUAAUGUAUCUCUGGGAGUGUUUGGAAGAGGAAAGGAUGCCAUCAUCCUGAACACUCAGCUACCUGAGCAAGUCGAAUCACUUGAUCCUCAACAGGAAGGUGUCAGUGUUUCUUCAGACAUCCCAAACCAAGUCUGUGCAACUCCAGCUGGGUCAGAUUCUCCAGAAGAUGCGCAGACAUCCACCAGCCUGGACACAUCCUAUGCUAACCCUUCAGAGCAGCUGCCAGAGGAAGAGCCACCAGGCCCUCAGGCAGAGGCAGCAAACAGCCAAGACUGCCAGAAAGAUGACAGAUCACAGACUGCAACAGAUUGCACUGCUUUAUUGUCGGAACACGAGUCUCUGGGUGACUCUGGUCCUAAAGAGGCCUGUCUGAGCGAACUCCACCCAUUGUCAGACCUCGGUCAGCUUUCAGAGAGAUCUGAACCAGUCACAAGAGACAAGUCAGAAGAAUGCAGCAGAGAGUUGGAAGAGGCUGAAAUGGGGCCUGCUGGGCACAAUAAAAUCUGUCUCAUUGACCAGCGGCAGGCAGAUAUCCAGUCAGACCAGGAAGAACAUGUAUGUAGCAGCGAGGAUGAACCGAGUCUUCCAGGAGAUGCUCUCUUGUCCCGAAGCGUUUAGGAAAAGAUCCUGUGGAUCUAAAUCAGGUUUCUUAACUUUGUCUGCUGUUCUUACUUUUGGUGAGCUUCUUAUUCCCAUCUUUUGCACAUCCUGGCUGCAGGACCUCUUAGCCAUCCAUCUGUGUGUCAUUACUGAGCGUCCUGUUUCAUAAUGCUGCUGUAACAGCGCCCACUGCUGGCUUUAGGCAUUUUAUUCCCCAUCUGUACAUGGGUAAAAGAGGAAAAAACUGAUAGCGAUGAAGGUCACAGAACAGAUUGGGCCAGCAGUUUUAUUUUUAAAAACGCUAUUGGUCUGAAAAUGUAAUUCACAGUGGAGAAAAAUGUAUCCGUGGUAUUAUAAUGAAAGCUCCUGCUUUUCACUUUAUUUAGGCGAUUCACUUCAGAGACAUUCUUUCUAUGUUCAAACAUAACCUCAAAAACCCUUUGUUUUUUGAUUGUUAAUUUUGUGAUCUAUUUAGGAGCAUGUUUUAUUUAAACUCAGUCUCUGAAACAAAGAGACAGUGCUGGCCAAAUUUGUGCACCCCUGGUGAAGAUAUCUUCAAAAAUGUCAUCUUUUGUUGCAGCAAUCUCUAAAAAUCCCAAAUACAAGUACAUUUAUUCAGUGAUUUUUAUCACUGGUGGCCUAUUAUUAGCAGCCCUUGCUGUCAAUACAGCCACCUUUCCUCAAUAGGACAGUUUCUAUUCCAAUUCACCCGGUUGGAGGAUACAGAAGUUGUUUGACGAUUCCUCUUAGCACAAUGUCUUUGGAUCAGACAGAGUCCUCGGUCCUCUUUAAUGGGAACCCCACAGUUUUCUAUAGGAUUUACAUCUGUGGACUGGGAUGGCCAGAAUGUGGCAAAGAAUGUUGUGUAGAAAGAAUUUAUUUUUUUAAAGGGGUCUUAAUGCCACAAGGCUCCCAGUGUCACGGGUUGUACACCAUACUAAGUGAGCACGAGGAGCUUCUCCAUCUUUUCAUUCUGUGGUUCAAACCAAACCCACCUGGAGUGUUUUAUGCCAAAAAGCUUAUUCAAGCUACUGCAAGUACAUGUAACUUCAUAACUGUACUUAAAGUAAAGGUUGGGGUUUUCCCAAAACUAUUUUUCUAGUGUCACAAUGGGUGCUAGGGAACUUGUUUCUGUAGUUAAGCAUUAUUUGGCCAUCUGCUGUUGUACAAUUGUGGCAUUUGAAGACUUUGAAACCAUUUACAAAACCACUUUAUGGCAAAAUAAAAACAUGUCCAUCAUUAC